AUGUAUGUAUUCCAAAUAAAAAGACCAAAAUGAAGUUUGUUCAAAUUGUUCUAAGCCUAACACUGCUUUUAGGGAUAAGUUAUUGUUUUCCAACUGGAGCUCCAAAUGCAAAGGAACAAGUAAAACUUGCUCAUAUUUGCAUACAUUCGCCCAAUGGAACAAAUGAUGCCAAGCCUCCAGUUCUUUUGCUGCAUGGUGUACUUGCAUUCAAGGAAAUGUGGCUUGGUAUGAUGCCAAUUUUAGCCAUGAAAACUGGUAGAAGAAUUUGUGCUGCUGAUUUACGCAAUCAUGGUGAUAGCCCAUGGAGUAAUGAUAGUGACACGUCCGUCAUGGCAUCUGAUUUGAAUCUUCUCAUGAAAACGUUGAACACUGAAAAAAUAGCAUUACUUGGACACAGCUUGGGAGGAAAAAUUGCUGUAGACUUUACUCUUACAAAUCCCGAAAAAGUGGAAAGACUAAUUGUCGAAGAUAUGAGACCCAAUGGUUUAAGUGAUGAAGCUCGGAAGGUAAUGGUUGGAGCUGUUGAUCCAUAUAAGGAUGCUUUGGGCGUUAUUCCUAAAGGAGUAACUGAAAAAGAAGCUAAAUUUAUUGUUUUUAAAUUCGUCAAAUUUAUGUUAGAAUUGGUUAAUGAAAAAAUUGAUAUCGAUGAGAGAAUCGUUGAUCAUGUACCCAUAAAAUGUUCAAAUGGCAAAUGCAGGUGGAAAGCAAAUGUUGAUCUUCUGGAUAUAGCCAAAAAAGAUCUGGACAAGUAUAUGCCAGAGAGUAGAGGGAAAUUUGAAAAACCAGCCCUGUUUAUAUAUGGUGGAAAAUCACCUUUUAAAGUAGGAGAUGUUAAAGACGACAUUUUAAAGCUGUUCCCCAAAACAAAAUUUUUUAAAGUCGAGAAAGCUAACCAUCUUGUGAGUAUACAUCCUGAAUACAAAGAUGCAGUAAUAAAUUUUCUAAAUGCUGAAAACUGAACAAAUGCAUAAUCAUUUACUGACUCUGUUUUGAGUAGAAUACCGAUGAAAUUAAUGGCGACGUUGAGAUAUUAUCUUGUUUAACAAAAUGUUGUAAAUAUUCAGAGAGAUUUUUGUUUCAAAAACGAAAAUUUCCUGUAUAUAUUAUGUUGCCAAUAUAUUUGUCAAUAAAAAAAAUACUUUUAAAAAUA